AUGACCCCUACGAGAGCCCAGGAAGCCCAGAAGGGCAGGAAGGUCGGGGCUCCGCAGCAGCAGGAAGGUCGGGGCUCCGCAGCAGCAGGAAGGUCGGGGCUCCGCAGCAGCAGGAAGGUCGGGGCUCCGCAGCAGCAGGAAGGUCGGGGCUCCGCAGCAGCAGGAAGGUCGGGGCUCCGCAGCAGCAGGAAGGUCGGGGCUCCGCAGCAGCAGGAAGGUCGGGGCUCCGCAGCAGCAGGAAGGUCGGGGCUCCGCAGCAGCAGGAAGGUCGGGGCUCCGCAGCAGCAGGAAGGUCGGGGCUCCGCAGCAGCAGGAAGGUCGGGGCUCCGCAGCAGCAGGAAGGUCGGGGCUCCGCAGCAGCAGGAAGGUCGGGGCUCCGCAGCAGCAGGAAGGUCGGGGCUCCGCAGCAGCAGGAAGGUCGGGGCUCCGCAGCAGCAGGAAGGUCGGGGCUCCGCAGCAGCAGAAAGGUCGGGGCUCCGCAGCAGCAGGAAGGUCGGGGCUCCGCAGCAGCAGGAAGGUCGGGGCUCCGCAGCAGCAGGAAGGUCGGGGCUCCGCAGCAGCAGGAAGGUCGGGGCUCCGCAGCAGCAGGAAGGUCGGGGCUCUCAUAGCGGCAAGAAGGCACAUAGUGAGCAGGCACAUAGUGAGCAGGCACAUAGUGAGCAGGCACCUAGUGAGCAGGCACCUAGUGAGCAGGCACAUAGUGAGCAGGCACAUAGUGAGCAGGCACAUAGUGAGCAGGCACAUAGUGAGCAGGCACCUACUGAGCAGGCACAUAGUGAGCAGGCACCUAGUGAGCAGGCACCUAGUGAGCAGGCACCUACUGAGAAGGCACCUAGUGAGCAGGCACCUACUGAGCAGGCACCUAGUGAGCAGGCACCUAGUGAGCAGGCACAUAGUGAGCAGGCACCUAGUGAGCAGGCACCUACUGAGCAGGCACAUAGUGAGCAGGCACCUACUGAGCAGGCACCUACUGAGCAGGCACCUAGUGAGCAGGCACCUAGUGAGCAGGCACCUAGUGAGCAGGCACAUAGUGAGCAGGCACAUAGUGAGCAGGCACCUACUGAGCAGGCACAUAGUGAGCAGGCACCUACUGAGCAGGCACAUAGUGAGCAGGCACCUACUGAGCAGGCACCUAGUGAGCAGGCACCUACUGAGAAGGCACCUAGUGAGCAGGCACAUAGUGAGCAGGCACAUAGUGAGCAGGCACCUACUGAGCAGGCACCUAGUGAGCAGGCACCUAGUGAGCAGGCACCUAGUGAGCAGGCACCUACUGAGAAGGCACGUAGUGAGCAGGCACAUAGUGAGCAGGCACAUAGUGAGCAGGCACAUAGUGAGCAGGCACCUAGUGAGCAGGCACAUAGUGAGCAGGCACCUAGUGAGCAGGCACAUAGUGAGCAGGCACCUAGUGAGCAGGCACAUAGUGAGCAGGCACAUAGUGAGCAGGCACAUACUGAGCAGGCACAUACUGAGCAGGCACCUAGUGAGCAGGCACAUAGUGAGCAGGCACCUAGUGAGCAGGCACAUAGUGAGCAGGCACAUAGUGAGCAGGCACCUAGUGAGCAGGCACAUAGUGAGCAGGCACAUAGUGAGCAGGCACAUAGUGAGCAGGCACCUAGUGAGCAGGCACAUAGUGAGCAGGCACAUAGUGAGCAGGCACAUAGUGAGCAGGCACCUAGUGAGCAGGCACAUAGUGAGCAGGCACAUAGUGAGCAGGCACAUAGUGAGCAGGCACAUAGUGAGCAGGCACAAAGUGAGCAGGCACAUAGUGAGCAGGCACAUACUGAGCAGGCACAUACUGAGCAGGCACAUACUGAGCAGGCACCUAGUGAGCAGGCACCUAGUGAGCAGGCACAUACCGAUACAUAA